AUUUUCUUUUCCACCCGGGAUUACCAACCAGUAACGUGUGGAAAGCUCACAAGCUGUCCAAACCCGCGCCCUCCGUCCAUCUCUCUAAUUCCCCUUUGUCGUUUGUCUUUGGCAAUUGCCCCCCCAGUCCCUUUUUCCUUUGGUUCAGCUUUUCUACAUACAAUACAUAACCACACACAAUGUAUCGCAGCGGCAUGCGUUCGGCGCCCCGCGCCCUGAGCGCCACCCGACAGUCGGCAAUUCGCGCAGCUCCUAGACGAUUCGCCUCAACAGCACCCGCCGACAAGCCGAGGACGUGGAAGGGUGCGGCAGUGAGAUGGGGUCUGGCCGCCGGUGCUCUUUACUGGUACAACACAAGUCCAGUCUUUGCCGAGGAGCCCAUCCCCAAAACGAUCGCCGCCCCGUCCCAAUUCUCCGAGUCCGAUCUUACCACCGUCGAUGCCAUUGUUGAAGAGAAGCGCAAGCGUGCCAUCGUAAAGGCCGAGGAGGCCAAGCCCGCCGCCACCGCCGCCCCCGUACCGACAGAAGCCAGCGAGCAGACCAAGGCUGCGCUCGAGGGUGAGGCCGCCGAGGGAAGCCCGGCACCCGCCCCCGGCUCUCCCGAGGCAUUGGAGGCCGAGGCGGAUCAGCAGGGUGCCUUCAACCCUGAGACGGGCGAGAUCAACUGGGACUGCCCGUGCCUGGGCGGCAUGGCUGACGGUCCCUGCGGAGAGGAGUUUAAGGCUGCGUUCAGCUGCUUCGUCUACUCCAAGGAGGAGCCCAAGGGCAUGGACUGUAUUGAGAAGUUCCAGGGAAUGCAGACGUGCUUCAGGAAAUACCCCGAGGUCUACGGCGACGAGCUGGCCGAUGACGAGGGCGCCGAUGAAGCCGAAGCCGCCGCCGCCGCGCCCGCCCUCGACGCCAAUGCCGAUGCCGCGAUUGCGCCGCCCACCAAGGCCGUUGAGGAGAAGAAGGAGGACAACAAGGAGAUCAAGAAAGAGACCAAGGAGACCAAGGCCGACACCCCAGAGAAGACCCCUGAGGCCGAGGUCAAGCCCGAACCCAAGGCGGAGAAGACGAAGCCCGCGCCGGCCGAGAAGCAGGAGAAGCCCAAGGCCCCUGCGGCUCCCUCGCCCGAGCCUGUUGAUCUUACCCAGCCCAACAACAAGGCCGUCGAUGCCACUGCGGCGAACAACAUCUAAGAACAAGAGAGUUUCUUGCUUUCUGUACCAAUUUACACACAAAUAGCUAUCGUCAGGACCGGAGAGUAAAAGGUGGCAGAGAAGGAGCGAACGCUUGGCUGCGAAGCCGCAGCUGCGGGCUGCGGAGCGUAGAGCGUGGCUAAUGAAACCAUGAAGGGGGAAAAAUCAGGCAUAUUUCAUGUACCAUAAUCGUGUACACAGUGUACCAGUACGGAAGCAAAAGAAAAAGAGCAAUAGACAUACACUUCUCUGAGAGACUACCCAAG